AUGGCGACAGGGACGCUGAGAGAUUUUAUGUAUGUCUUGUUCGUGAUAUUCUUGUUAAAACUGAAGAUUUUCUCUGGCCAGCAGUUCUCUAUAGCAUUUCAGCAGCCUUCAGAUUGUCGAGGGGAAAACUAUUUUGAUAUUUCGAGCUUGUCUUGUUUGAAAUGUGGACCGAAUCAAACCAGCAGUAACGUUAAAUCAGGACUGACCUGUGAGUGUAAGACCGGUUUCAGAGUGUUAGUCAGUAAUGGAGAGUCCAUCACCUGUCAACAGUGUCCUGAUGAUAAUCAGGGGGUCACACAGGAUGGCUAUGGGUGUAUACAAUGUCCAGGAAGUGUGAGUGAGAAUGGCAAGUGUCAGUGUCCUAAGGGAAGCGUGCUUGUGGAAAGAGAUGGAAAUGGGAAUCUGUUAAAUAUAGCCCGAUGUGAAGCAUGCAGUGCAACAGAGCUGUCUUUCUCUGCGCCAGAUACAACCAGCAGCAGGUGUGUGAGGUGCGAGAAUUCCUUCAUCAAUUCUUCUCAAUCUUGUGUUUGCGGGACCUCUAACAUACUGGCAGGAGGGAUGUGCUUCUCUCCAAAUAUUCUGCCUACCUCAGUAGCCUCCAGUGUCACCUAUUCUCAGUUGGCUCUCGUUGUCCCAUCAGCCUGGUUUUCGAGCUUCAUGUAUUCUUCUUCAGCUGCUUGUUUGCUGUUCUCGAACCGUACCGCAUGUCAGGCUCUAGGGAACAUGUGUGUGAUGAACAUGCACUCCUUCAGCAGCAUCACCAAUGAUGCCUGUGGCCUCUACAACACAAUCUACAGAGCAACAUCUGCCCAGGGCAGCAGUCAGGACAUCUCUUACUGGAGGUCCAACCUGCCUUGGCUGUAUUACGGAGAACAGUCUGGGUUAGCAUCACGGAUUUUACAGACAGAGCCACUUCCUGUUGGUUUCAGCUUUAAGGGUGCACAAAAGAACACCAACAUUGAGCUGCUGGCUGCUGUGUACUCGAUGCGUGGAGACUUUCUUAGGUGGGAGAGCGUCGGUGGAGGAAACCUGCAGCUCUGUCCAGACACACCUGCCAGACAACAAUCUGCCUUCACGUUUGGGACCGCUUACAAACAGACUUGUGUGCUCUCGGUGUCUGAGCUCCUGAUUGGUUAUCCAGAACCUGUGUUCUAUGAUGUCUUUCUGGUCAUUCAGAGUGCUCAGGAGACCAGACGGCUACUUGCAGUUCCUCUCCUAAACGUCAACCAGCAGUUCAAUGGCCAGUUUAUUAACCAGGGUACAGUUACAGAUGCUGCAAGCAUUUACAUGAUCAUAUCAUCUGUAUGUAUAGAGGCUUUAGCUUUGCUUUGCUUUGCUGCAGGAUCUAACAUGAAUAACUGGUAUCUGACCCGGAGGCUGAUGCUGGUGGACACAUUGAGUGGCAGAGAGAAGUCUUUGAGUUCUACACCUAGAGUAAUACGUGUGGCCUCUAAUAUAAAGAUUGGGUUUAUGCUGGUGCCGAAUACACAGAAAGGACAGGUGUACCCCCCUCUGCUGACCGUGGAUUUCUCUGAUAUACUUAUCACUGACCCCAGCACACAGACUGUUACGGUGUCAUUCUCUUUGGAGUAUACGAUGGACCAGAAUGAAGCUCGGAUCAAAACGGAUAUUGCUCUAGGUGUGCUGGGUGGGGUGGCUGUUGUCCACUCACUAUUAAAGACAGCAAGCUGGAAAAGAAGAAUUGCUUCUCCCCUCAUUGAUCUGCAGACCAUUUUGAAGUUUCUGUUGUUCUAUGCUGGUGAUCUGGCAAAUGUUUUCUUCAUCAUCACUGUGGGAACAGGACUCUAUUGGCUGAUUUUCUUUAAGGCUCAGCAAUUUGUGUCCGUGUUGCUGCCAUUAGCAGCUCAGGAGGAGCGUUUUGUUGUUUAUGUUGGCUGUGCCUUCGCAUUGAAGACAGUGCAAUUUCUUCAUAAGCUCUUUGUGCAGCUGUCUGUGGAUAUUUUCUUUAUAGACUGGGAAAGACCUCGCAGUAAAGCCAGUAAACAUGUGGAAGGGUCUGGUGAGGGAAAGAGUCAAGCAUCUCCCGUUAGUAUCUGGAGAACAUACUUUGUGGCCAAUGAGUGGAAUGAGAUUCAGACCAUUCGCAAGAUCAGCCCAACUUUUCAGGUCAUGGCUGUGCUCUUCUUUCUAGAGGUGGUGGGCUUUUCAAGCUUGGCCCUAAGGGAUCCCUCGUCUAAUCUCCUGCGAUCUCCUGAUGCAUACACACCGCCAUACAGCCUUAUACUCCGCUAUGGUUUGGCUUCUGCUUUGUGGCUCAGCAUUGGCUUAAUACAGAUAAUAUUCUUCACAGUGUUUCAUGAGCGUUUCAUUGAAGACAAGAUUCGCCAAUUUGUGGAUCUAUGCUCAAUCAGCAAUAUCUCCGUGCUGCUGUUCUCUCAUCGUUGUUUUGGCUACUACAUCCAUGGACGUUCUGUUCAUGGUCAUGCUGACACUAACAUGGAUGAGAUGAAUACAAAUCUGAAGCGAGAGGCGGACAAUCUGUGUGGCCAGAGGGGACUGUUGCCCAACUCAGACACUCAGACAUUUCAGAUCUCAAUUACCAACCGACUACGAGCACAAUAUGACCGGAUACUUGAGCCACUCAGCAGGAGAAACGGGCCCUCAAGAUUGAUGGAUGCAACAGCCAAUUCAUGUGAGCAGAGCACAAAAGCAUACCAUACGAUGAACAGAUUUCUCGGCUCUAUCAUCGAUCAUGCACAUCGUGAGAUGGAUUACAUCGUGAAAGAUAAGCUGCUGUUUGAGAGACUGGUCGGAAUGGAGUUCAUAGAGCCAUUGGAUAAAAGCAUAUUUUACAAUGAUGAUUCUCACUCAUUCGCCGAUGUUCUAUUUUAUGGUAAUGAAGCUGUGCUGUUGAUCUUUGACACAUUGUUUUUCUGUGUGGUGGACCUGGGCAGUCAGAACUUCAUUCUAGCAGCAGUAUUGACGUACCUUCAACAACUGAUCUUCAGGCUAAUCCGAAAUGGAAUAGGCCGCAGGAACCUCGCCACCAAAACUCUAGUUGACAAAAGAUUUCUUAUCUAGUUUUUUUUUUAUCUACUUUGUUACCUUGAUGUUGUUUCUUCUCUCGACUUUUAUGUAAGAUUUUUUAUUACAGAAUUUUGUAUUGUUCUUAUUGUGUUUUUUGUAUUUAAAUAGUUUAAUUAAAUAAGAAACUGUUAUAUAAA